GAACCAAUGUCUGUCCGCUCUGGGGUCGGCCGGAUCUUUCUCGCUCAGACUCUUCGCAGCGGUGACUCGGCAGCAGCGUCUCGCGUCAUCAGUGACAGCCCCGAUCCUUGCUACGCUUUGCGUCGCUCUGCCAGAAGCAGUCGCCUCCUCCUUGGCAAAUAGUCCUCGGCAGGGUCCGAGUUCUUGGUUAAUCCGAGAGGAGAGGCACGAGAAGUUGCAGUGCGGGGACACGGAAGCGACUAGACGAGGAGGCCAGGGAGCGAAGUUUCCUCAAUAGUGUGUGAAGUUAGUUAAAAACUCUCUCCUUCCUUAGGAUCCCUCCGCCUGCAGUAGCGGUGGUGAGGCCGAGGGAGCCGCCAUUUUGGAUGUUCGGUUCCUGCUGCCACUGCUGCCGCCGCCCCCGGAGCUGCUGGUUUCAUUCGAGGUUUCGGGCCGAGGAUGCCAGCCCCCAUCAGAUUGCGGGAGCUGAUCCGGACCAUCCGGACAGCCCGAACCCAAGCUGAAGAACGAGAAAUGAUCCAGAAAGAAUGUGCUGCAAUCCGGUCAUCUUUUAGAGAAGAAGACAAUACGUACCGAUGUCGGAAUGUGGCAAAAUUACUGUAUAUGCACAUGCUGGGCUACCCUGCUCACUUUGGACAGUUGGAGUGCCUCAAGCUUAUUGCCUCUCAAAAAUUUACAGACAAACGCAUUGGCUAUUUAGGGGCAAUGCUGCUGUUAGAUGAAAGACAAGAUGUCCAUCUUCUCAUGACCAACUGUAUCAAGAAUGAUCUUAAUCAUAGUACGCAAUUCGUCCAGGGGUUAGCACUUUGUACCCUCGGCUGCAUGGGCUCCUCAGAGAUGUGCAGAGAUCUUGCAGGAGAGGUAGAGAAGCUCCUGAAAACCUCCAACUCUUACUUAAGAAAAAAGGCAGCACUAUGUGCUGUUCAUGUCAUCAGGAAAGUUCCUGAACUUAUGGAGAUGUUUUUACCAGCAACAAAAAAUUUAUUGAAUGAGAAGAACCAUGGUGUCCUCCACACAUCUGUAGUCCUCCUCACAGAAAUGUGUGAGCGAAGCCCAGACAUGCUUGCGCAUUUCAGAAAGAAUGAAAAGCUUGUGCCCCAAUUAGUUCGUAUUUUAAAGAACCUCAUCAUGUCCGGAUAUUCACCAGAACAUGAUGUUUCUGGUAUCAGUGACCCCUUUUUGCAGGUGAGGUUGAAAGAAUGUUUUAAAGUCCUAGCCAUAAAUAUCCUGGGUCGUUUCUUAUUGAACAAUGACAAGAAUAUUAGAUACGUGGCUCUGACAUCUUUGUUGAAGACUGUACAGACAGAUCAUAAUGCAGUACAGAGGCACAGAAGCACAAUUGUGGACUGUCUUAAAGAUUUGGAUGUCUCAAUAAAACGGCGUGCAAUGGAAUUGAGUUUUGCCCUGGUAAAUGGGAAUAAUAUCCGAGGCAUGAUGAAAGAAUUACUUUAUUUUCUGGAUUCCUGUGAGCCAGAAUUUAAAGCAGACUGUGCAUCUGGAAUCUUUCUUGCUGCAGAAAAGUAUGUCCCCCCCAAACGAUGCAUAUAGGACAUACAAUUUAUGCGUGUUUUGACAACGGCAGGAAGUUAUGUUCGUGAUGAUGCAGUCCCCAAUUUAAUCCAGUUAAUAACUAACAGUGUGGAGAUGCAUGCCUAUACUGUCCAGCGCCUGUACAAAGCAAUUCUUGGUGAUUAUUCUCAACAACCUUUGGUACAAGUGGCUGCAUGGUGUAUAGGUGAAUAUGGUGAUCUUCUUGUAUCUGGCCAGUGUGAAGAGGAAGAGCCUAUUCAGGUAACAGAGGAUGAAGUAUUGGAUAUUUUAGAAAGUGUCCUAAUCUCUAAUAUGUCCACCUCUGUGACACGAGGUUAUGCCCUCACUGCCAUUAUGAAGCUUUCUACUCGAUUCACUUGUACUGUAAACCGAAUUAAGAAAGUGGUUUCCAUCUAUGGAAGCAGCAUUGAUGUGGAACUCCAGCAGAGGGCAGUAGAAUAUAAUGCACUUUUCAAGAAAUAUGACCACAUGAGGUCUGCUCUACUUGAGAGAAUGCCUGUCAUGGAAAAAGUGACCACAAAUGGCCCUACUGAGAUUGUGCAGACAAAUGGAGAGACAGAACCAGCUCCACUAGAGACCAAACCGCCACCCUCUGGGCCACAGCCCACCAGCCAGGCCAAUGAUUUAUUGGAUUUGUUGGGAGGAAAUGACAUAACACCUGUUAUUCCAACUGCACCUACAAGCAAACCAUCUUCUGCUGGUGGAGAACUUCUUGAUUUGCUGGGAGACAUCAACCUUACAGGUGCUCCAGCUGCUGCUCCUGCCCCUGCCUCAGUCCCACAGAUAUCCCAGCCCCCCUUCUUGUUGGAUGGGCUUUCAUCACAGCCUCUCUUCAAUGAUAUUGCUGCAGGCAUCCCCUCCAUCACAGCAUACAGUAAGAAUGGCUUGAAGAUAGAAUUCACCUUUGAACGGUCGAAUACCAACCCCAGUGUAACAGUGAUAACGAUACAGGCCUCCAACAGCACAGAGCUAGAUAUGACGGACUUUGUUUUCCAGGCUGCAGUACCAAAGACAUUCCAGCUGCAGCUUUUGUCUCCUAGCAGCAGCAUUGUCCCAGCAUUUAACACGGGGACCAUCACACAAGUCAUUAAAGUUCUGAACCCUCAGAAGCAACAGCUGCGAAUGCGGAUCAAGCUCACAUAUAAUCACAAGGGCUCAGCAAUGCAAGAUCUAGCAGAGGUGAACAACUUUCCCCCUCAGUCCUGGCAAUGAGGGUUUGGCACCAUUCUCAUUCUUAUCCCACUCAAUCAAAGGAACUCUGGGAAGGAGGUUGUGAUUCCUGGCAAGUCCCCCCAACUGUACCACGGGCAUGAGGAGCUGAAGAGAACUGCUGAGGAGGAUUUUCCUAAAGUUACUGCUGACCUUGAAGCAUUGUUAAAGACUAAUGUCCUCUCCUCCACUGUUGAGGCUGGCUGCUUCUGGAGGCUACUUUGCACUCUUCUCUUCUUCUCCUUUUUCCGCACUGCUCCACCCCUCCCACAUUUACAGCCAGAAUCAACAUUCCCUGGGCCCCUGAGGAAAUAAGCAGCUGGUCUGGAGGAGAGGACUGCAAUCCAUGGCGAAAAACACUCACUUUGUCUCUGCAGCAAAGAGUUGCCCCUUCUUUCUACUGUUGUUUCUCUGUGGACUGGGCAAGGUGGGGUAUUUAUUCCUCACUAGCUGGGUUACCAUCUUCAGGCGCUUUCAACAUCUGGUAUUUGGAAUGGAAAUGUAAUAAUGGACAUUAGGGAGCCCUGCCUUUUUCUACUGGUUCCCCCAAUGUUUGAAAGAGGCAUUAGGCUCCUGGUAGCCUAUUCUGUGCAUUGCUGUAUACACACAGACACACAUGUAUGUUUGUUAUCAAGAACUGGUCAGACCUUGCGAGUUUUUGUAAACACUGGACAGAUGGAGUUAAAAAGAGCUUUUGUUGAGAUUUGGCAUGAAGGAUAUGGUGCUCUAUUUGUAAUAGAAACUUCCAAGGCUCUUCCAGCUCCCCUUUCGCUCCAUUCUUUAGCUGUCGUCAUGAAUAGUUUCCAUGAUAUUCAAAACUGAUUCCCUUUAAAGUACAAAAUGGUCACCUUCUAAAAGAUAUAUUCAUAGUUAUUAAUGACCCUGUUCCCACCGCAAAUUUUAAAGUGCUCCUAAACCCAUAACUUGCCUGUUUGAACUAUGGUAAUGGGUGGAAGAGGAGUUCACCAGUUUUAAAGAUCAGACUCUGUAUCAAAAGUACCUUUGCCCUUAGGAAGAGUGAGUAUUGGAGUCAUCUAUUACUCCAAACCUCCCUUUUUAUUUCCUGAGCCUGGCUUGGACCUUGGCAUUCCGUUUGAAUUCCUUCUAACUGGAACAUUUGUGUUGUAUCUGUAACACUGGCACUGAAAUAAAGACCACACGGUUAAAGAAAUCUUUCCUAUAUUGUACUUUAUGGUGUUGGAGUGAAGCCUUGUAGCUUCCAUACCCCUAUGUCAGAGGAGGUCUUACAGACACCAUAGGGUAGGAAUAACCUUUCCUCAGUCUGAGAAAUUGGUCUCUUUUAAAAGACAAAUCUCAUGAGUAUCCACAUCAAAGACUUGAGCUUUUUAAACUAGUGAGAGUGCCAAGUGCUUUUAAGAAAGGACCCAUGUGUUAUCAAACUUUGAAAUUGAGUAGCUGGAGUGAAGUAGAGGUGACUCUCUCUGUGGUACACGUUGAAUGUACUAUGUACGUUCAAGUAUUCAGGCGCCGUGUCUUAUAUACUGAAGAAAGAAAAAGUGAGGCCCACCUUGCACUUAACAAUGUUUGCAAUUGUUACUGUAUUGAAUACAGUAUAAUGACUACUAUGGCUUCAAUCUUAAACCUGGAAACAAAUAUCCUUUUUUUUUCCUCUUCAUUUCACCAAGCCUUUACUUAAAAUCUUCAGUAUCUUGUCAAAUCUAGCUCUGUAUCAGAUGCUGGACUAUUCCUAACAUUUGACAAACUGGAGUUGAACUAAAGGCUCCACAGGGGAAAGUUCCUGCUCUUAUUAGGAUGUAUGAGCAAGAUCUGCUAAAACUUACUCCAGUGGGUAAAUGGUUGACCGAGUCAAGAACAGGAUAUUAUCUCCUGCAUAGUUUUCAGUAAUGUAAGUGUGGACUAGUGCAUAUUUCAGACAACUGCUCUGCCUGUGCAAUGAAAAAUAGCCUUUAAGGGUUUCUUUGCAGACUGAUUUCAUUGGAUGGAUAUUUAAUGCUGUGAAACAUGAUAGGAUUAACAUAAUGUUGGUGGAUUUCUUGAAUAGAAUUUGUCUUAACAUUCCUCUUUGUGUAGAGGCUUUAUUUUCUCUCUUAUAUUUGUAGCUAACCAGCUCAGGUUUUUUUAUUUGAACUGGGUUGAAUUUCUGAAGAAAUCUGUUCAAGACCAUGCUAUAAGACACUGUCAGCUAACGGAGCUGGGAAGGGUCUACUCUGCUGACAAAGCAUUUCCUUGGAUGAUCAUAGUUUUGAGGUAGAGUUUAUGAUCAUUCAUAGCUUUGUCUAGAAGGAGUAAAAUAUCAUGGCCUUAACACAAAGGGUGCUGCGUAGAAUAUGAAUUGAUUUCGGAAUCUGAACACAAGCACCAUACUGAAGGACUAGCAGCCAAAUAACUGCCUAGGAUACUGAUGGUUGUGAAGACUGUUUCAAAUGAUUGGAUCUUUGAAAGCUUCAGCGUGCCUUAGUUUCUAGGAUCAGAAUUAGUUUUCCUCUCACUUGGCCUUGCAGCUAAAUGGAGAAAUGUUUCAAUUUCUGUGAAUACUUGCACAUUUCAAUAAUUCCUUUCCCGAGUAUAACCACUCAAGGGGGAGCAAAUUGGGAUGGAUUUACAACUUCAGAGGCAUUGUGAGGAAAGAGCAUUUUCCAAGGCUCUUUUAAUAACCCUGGGGUGAUAAGCAGUGAGCCCUCACACACUUACUUUGACAAUUUCACAUGCACUUGUACCUCAUUAUUUCCCUCUUCAAGAGUCGAUUUAUUCUAGUCUCUGCCCCAUCCCGGGGAAUCCUAAGGGAGAAUUAAUUCAUCUAAGUAAUCUCAAAAAACUGUAGGAAGGGUGCUCUCCCAGAGAAGCUUCUCCCAUAGUGCUUUGGUGCUGUUUCCUUGAGGUGGUUUGGACAGUCAUGGAAGUUUUAGGCUGUGCAUAGUGAUCAUCUGUUAAUUUUAAGGUCUUUCUCAUUUAAACAUUCCUCAGUGUAACAUUUGGGAGGGGAUUCUUUCCUCUUGCUGGUUUAAAGGUGUGAUUCGUACUCCUUGUUUGUCCCAUUCAUAUAUGAAAAUAGACUUUUAAAACUGUCCAACACUAAUGAUUUCUAUAACAUGCUUCCCAUUUUUUUUAUGUCGUAGAAGAGAUUGGAAGUUAGGGAGUACUGCUUUCAAGGUUCAACUUCAUUGUCUUCUGCAUUGGAAAAUAUUUGGGCCAUGAGAACUAGGGGAAAGGAGUUUGAAUGUGUAUAUUUUUUUCUAGUGAAUGUAUUUUAACCACAGUGUCCUAAACUGAGAAAGCUAGAGAGGAAAAAGUGGGUGUUCAUGAACUUUGCUGUUGGGAGAGUGGUUUUACAUGUCUGUGUAUUCAUGACUUUGGGAGUGGGGAGGAUCAUUGGAGAGAGAAUUGCACAGAAAGUCCUGAAGUUUAAAACACUUUUGACCAGCUUUGGCUCGGGAGAGGGGGGCUGCGUAUAGAACUGGAAGUGAAUAACUUUUUCAAGCAAUAGCAGUGAGUGGGUCCCAUUGACAGGGUUUCAGGACCUGGAACACUUUAACAGAAGGAAAUGCUGAAGCAGCUUGCACAGUUGCUUUACAAACUUCCAAGACGCUGAUUCUGGCUUCAAGAUGGAGCAUUGGAGUUGGUUUUUUGUUUUUUGUUUUUUUUUUUCCUCAAAGAACCUGCGGUUGCGCUUUGUGUGUUUUGUUUUUGUUUUUGGUUUCUAUUUGGGGGCCCCAUGGGAAAGAGCUUCUGAACUCUUUCCUUUAUGAACUCCCACUGUGUUCCUAUAAAGUCCCUUUUCUUUCAUAGUGUUGUAAGUUACAUUUUCAUUAUGCCCCAUCACAUCUUCUUUACUGUAAAAAUAUUAAGAAGCUGUUUCCAAGUGGGACAGCUAAUGAAGCUCUAAUUAUUGCAGACAUAUUUUUGAGAUGUAAAAAAAAAAUUUAAAAUUAAAUGAUAAGUCUUAGAGGCGAGUGAGGAAUAAAAUGGAUGUAAACAUUUACAUGGGAUGCAUUAGAAUUCUGCUGUGUGUAUUGUCUUUUGGUUGAAACAAAUUAUGAACAGUGACUAAUAAUAAAAAGUCAAUACUCAAUGAUUUAAAA